GAUCCACCUCUUCCAUUUUUGAAGACAGGAAUUAAGAAAAAAUAAAAAAGGAAUACUAGACAACACGCAUACAUUGCCACCUUUUAUUAUAGUCUUUAACUCAAAGGAAACGCGAUUGAGAAUUUGCGAAACGGUGUUGGAAUUUGUGAUCUGGUGAGCCAUGAAUGCUAGAAGAGAUGGUCGCAACAACAGAGUUGCUCUUUUUGAUGGUAUUGAGGAGGGUGGCAUCAGAGCAUCGUCUCUUUAUUCCUCAAGUUCUUCCCAUGAAAUUGAUGAACAUGAUAAUGAACAAGCAUUGGAUGGAUUGCAAGAUAGAGUCAAUCUGCUUAAAAGAUUGUCAGGUGAUAUAAAUGAGGAAGUGGAUAGUCAUAACCGGAUGCUGGAUCGUAUGGGAAAUGAUAUGGAUUCUUCGAGAGGAGUCCUCUCAGGCACUAUGGAUAAAUUCAAAAUGGUAUUCGAGACAAAAUCCAGCCGAAGAAUGUUUUCACUUGUAGCAUCCUUUGUUGUGCUUUUUCUUAUAAUAUACUAUCUGACUAGGUAAUUGGUCUUUCUACGCACUUGUCAGCGUUACUUGUAAGAUUUUCCUUUAUGUUUGUAUAAAGACUUUGCUGUUUCAUUUAAUCCAACGAGUAAUGUCCAUAUCCAGUUUGUACACUCCAAAAACAAAAUCCAGGUUGUUUAUAUUUUCUCUUUGAUUUAGAUUAUGUAUGCUUCAUCUAUU